AUGGCAAGCAACAAUGCGGCAAAAAAGAAGAUGUCCUUGGAAGAAUUCCUGGAUGACAGCUCGUUAAACGACUCUGCGUGGAACGAAAACGAGAUAGAUCUGAGUGCGAUCAGCACGACGCUCAGUAACACGACGUCGCUGGAUCUGCUGAAAUCGGCGGCAAAGGGGCAUGGCGGGCACGGCGGGGGCGACUAUGGCGGUGGGUUCUCCAACGGGAGCCACUUCCACGGGUCUGGAAGGCAGUACGAUCCGCCUUAUAUCAUCAAGUUCUCCAACCUACAGAAGAGUUUUUCCAAUCACGAUAUCGAAGAUCUGUUCCGGACGAAGUUUACGCGUUUUGUCAAGUUCAAGAUGUUCUGGGAGCUGAAUAGGAGCCCGCCGUUGGACAGCGACUCGCUUUUUGACAAAUGCUUCACCAAGAACUCGAAAGUCGCCUUCGUGGAGGUCUACUCAUUUAGGGAUAUGGAUAAGAUAAUGUCCCAAUGGAGGGAACCGUUGAUGGAGCUUCACGCUAUUAAGGUAGAGCCUGCAGAAUUCUCCGACUUCCAAAACUAUGUGAACAAGGACAAGGCGCUACCCAGUGGCUCCCCAGACGCAGGUAAGCUUUCCUCCACAGGCCCUGGGGGCAACCCCAAGCAUGCGGCACAGCCCGCAAAACCGAAGGUCAACCCUUUUGGGGAUGCCAAGCCCGUAGAUACUCAGACAAAGAUUCUAAAGAUCGAGGAGACGGUUCAGAAGUUUCAUAUUGAAGAUACAACAGCGCUCAGGAAACUCUCCUUUGGCGACUCUUCUCCCGAAGGGAAGAAAGUUACCCUACUGAAGAGAGAGGGCCAUUCGAAAGGCGACUCUCACGCCAUAGACGACGAGGAGAUUGAGGAACCGGCGCCUAAGGCGCGUACUUCUAACGCCACUGCGAGUGCAGCGAAACCAGAAGCUAGUAAACCGAGGUUGACCUAUUCCGAAGUUUUACAAAAGGCUGCCAAGGAGAGGGAUGAUGCAGCCGCAGCUAGUAUUGCAUCAAUAAAGCAGUCUUCCCCUCUGAUAAGUCCUGCGGCUCUAGAUGCCACUGGCGCGCUAGCCCCAAGAUCGGCCAGUGACCAGUCCAAGAGACAUGGCGACAAUAAAGAUGAGUUUAACGAUACACAGUCGUCUAGAUUUGUUUUUAAAGAUGGUGCUGAUCCACAUAGGGGAUCGUUCCGUGGCUCAGGUAGAGGUAACUUCAGAGGAGGCAGGGGAGGCGGCACAAUGCGUAAAUCCGCCUCGCGCAGUGGCCACCGGGGCAACCAUGAGGGCAGAGGCGGUCACCAUUCACACUCUAGGGACUCUGGUUUUGAAAAUGGGACAGAUGGGAACUCGAAGUCUUAUGAACGCCAUGAUGGGGAUGGCGGCAAUUCGACAGGAAGACAUUAUGGCAACGAUCGUCGCCACAAUGAUGGUCACCGCGGCCAAAACGUGUAUUCAUUAUUCCGUCCAGCGGCUGGCUUCUUGGGUGAUAGUGGAAACACUGGUAACGGUGGCGCCAGAGAUAAUAAUCGGGGCGGCAGGGGCGGUCGUGGCCGUGGCCGUGGCCGUGGCGCUCACUGA